AUGUCCAAGUGCUUGAGAAUACCAUAUACGCCAAGACUGUUUAAAGCGUCAACCAUUCGGUGUCUGGCUUCAGUGCGGCGCGGACCUCCUUGUAUACACACACUUAUCAACAUGAAGCGAACUUUAUUGCUGUUGGCCCUCGUGGUGGGCAUGGCCGUCGCAGAGGAGCAGGAGGAAGGCAGAGCUGAUGUCCUCAAGUUGGCCAAGAAAAUCAGCCUUCUCGCACCGCUCGGCAGCCUCUUUGAGAUCGCCAUCCAGAUCGUGAUCCUCGUCGCCCUCGUCCUCCUCAUCGCAACCCUCAAGCCUUCCGUCGAAAACGCCUUUGGAUCCGACUACGACUACGGCUACGCCACUGGCUACUACCCAGGCUACGAGACUUCUGGCUACGACGUCGGCGUCAGCGGCAGCAGCUACACCUCCACCGGUGGCGGCGCCGGCGGCGGCCACUACAAGAGGUCCGCCGACACUCCCUCGUUCAUGAACCUCCCCAUCGUGCAGCGGCUGGCCGCCCGCGUCCACGAGGCCAUCGAGAACUACGACUUCUAAGAUGCAGCUCCCGGGUGGACCCGGAGAGGAUCGGCAUCUCCCGCGGCCCAGGGCGUCCUCGCGACGGCGGGGCUGACGAAAUAUUGCCGAAAACAAAAGAGAAUCUUGUCAAGUGCCUGUAAGUCCGUGUCCCGCCCCCAGGCCCUUGGCCACUCCCCGACGGGGCAUCCGUCUGGAGGCGUCGUGUCGCUGGCUCGACACUCCUCCAGCACUUCAUAGAUAUAUUAUAUAUAUUUAUUUCCCAUUUGUUGUAACACACUAAUGUUUGUUUAAGUUUUUCGGACAGACAUUAGACAGACGAUAGAACACCGGAAGGACAGCACAAACUGCGUGAGACAAACAGCUCAACGUAUAGAAAGAUUGACCCCGACUCUGAGCAACAGCGCUCACCUCCUGACCCCCAACCGCACUUCCCGCCAAUCAGAUCUGACAACUUCACCCACCAAACCUUAACGAUACAACUUCACCCCUCUCUCUACCGCACUUCAAAUGAGUCAAUCACCAUAGCUUUACAGUACACAAGUGCCAGAUUCCCUUAUAGUCACGACAAACUGUGAUGCCAGUCAGGGUACGUUAGUCAGCUAGUUUUUCGUACUAGAAAUCUCAGUAUUUCUGUAGCUCUCUGCAUAGUGGACGAUAGACUUCGAGACACCUGACCUCUCAUGAGAGACCCGUAGGAACCUCAUCAAUGUUCACAGACCCAGCGGAGUUGCGCGUUCAAAGGACCCGACUCAUUCAUAGACAAACUGACAAACGCGUUCCUCCGCAGACAAACAAUUUCCUUUGUCACGCACGGCUUCAGUGACAAAGGAAAUCUACAUCGACGAGACAAACAA